GUAAACCUAGCCGCUGCAUAAAAUAAGGUUAUAAAAGUUUGAAUGGCUAGGGCUGCCUGCGGGCACGGGUAGGCUCCCUACGCUCGGCAGUAGCUACCCGACAGCCGCGCGGGACACUUCUCCCGCCGAAGCCACCCGAAGGCACACGAACUACACAUUCCACCUUUGAAAACUUUCCCGAAGUUCCGAAUUCGUGUUUUGUUUUUCCAAAUUCAAAAAGUGAAAGUGUGUUUGGUUUUAACGUGUGGUUUUGUUUCGAAAUUUGAAAUUGGUUUUUAAAUGAUUAUCUGUGGCUGAUUGUUAUCAAAGAGUUCAAAAGAAACUCAGACUGUUGACAUCAGUACAGCCUUCCAACUCUCAAUACUUCUGAUGUUCCGGACACAAAUAACCAGAUUAAAAUGAAUGCACGCCGAUCAACAUGGAUCAGAUAUUCAGCCGUAAUGGUAUGAUAGAUCCAUCUCUAACAUGCGUCCCGGUAAGCGGUGGUUGGCGAUCUGUCUACUCAUCACCACGAUACACUACACGGAAAUGAGGCAUUCAGUCGACACCUUAAAUAUUGAGGACUCCGUCUUCCACAAGAGAAACAGGCAUCACCACAGGCACAAGCACAAACCUGGACAAAUGUAUGAUCCAACAUUCUUUGCUGAUAAGCCUGAGGAGUUCUAUCCAAUAUUCAAUUUAAAAGAUGGUAUGCACUUGGUGGAUUAUGAAAUUACUCCCAAGCAAGAAACGAAGAGUGAUUGGGUGAACAUGUCCAACGACCAAGUCGGAGAGAUGAAGGACAAGAAACAUCAGCACUGGCCUAUAAAGAGGGAAGCAGUGAUUGAAGGAGAUUUGGUACUGGGAGGGUUGAUGAUGGUCCACGAGAGGUCAGAUAACAUGACGUGUGGGCCGGUGAUGCCUCAAGGAGGCGUGCAGGCGUUGGAGACGAUGUUGUAUACUUUGGAUAUUAUUAAUAAUGACUUGAGACUGAUACCCGGCGUGACUGUUGGAGCUCAUAUCUUAGAUGAUUGUGAUAAGGAUACUUACGGGCUUGAGAUGGCUGUGGAUUUUAUAAAAGGUUCAAUAAGCAACAUAGACGAUGCGGAGUACGCGUGCAAUGCGACAGCUGUCCGGAAGGUGAUAUCUGGCGUUGUUGGUGCGGCGUCCAGCGUCACUUCCGUGCAGGUCGCUAAUCUGCUGCGCCUGUUCAAAAUACCACAAGUUUCAUUCUUCUCAACAUCACCGGAGCUAUCAAACAAGGCCCGGUUCGAGUACUUCACGCGCACGAUACCUUCGGACCACCACCAGGUGCGCGCCAUGGUGGAGAUUGUCAAGAAGUUGGAGUGGAGCUACGUCUCCAUCAUCUAUGAAGAGUCUAGUUAUGGGAUCAAGGCAUUCGAAGAGUUGGAAGCCUUACUCGCGAAGAGCAAUAUCUGCAUAGCAGUGAAGGAGAAACUGGUGAAGGACUCAGGAGUGGCACACGAAGGUGCUUACGAUGAGAUCGUGUCCAAGCUACUCACCAAACCCAGGGCAAGAGGAGCCAUCAUCUUCGGUUCAGACCAAGAAGUAGCUGGAGUGAUGAGAGCAGUAGAAAGAGCCAAUGCCACGCAUUCCUUCAGCUGGGUCGGGUCUGAUGGGUGGAGUGCCAGAUCCCUGGUCUCUGAUGGAAAUGAACGAGCAGUGGAAGGCACCAUCAGCGUCCAGCCUCAAGCCAACGAUGUGAAAGGAUUCAAGGAGUACUUCUUGAACUUGAACGUGAAGAAUAAUAAGAGGAACCCCUGGUUUGUAGAGUUUUGGGAGGACCACUUCCAGUGCCGCUACCCUGGCAGCCUGAAGACUCCGUACAACGGCCAGUACUCCAGGAGCUGCUCCGGGCUGGAGAGGCUCACGGUCAACAACACGGAGUUUGAGAGACAGCUGCAGUUCGUCUCUGAUGCUGUCAUGGCCUUCGCUCACUCUAUACGGGACAUGCACGCUGCCGUGUGCGGAGGUCGGCCAGGGCUGUGUGAUGCCAUGCGGCCUGCCAGCGGAGCUGACCUGCUGCGGUACCUUCGGAAGGUCAACUUCACCGGUCUGACGGGAGACCAGUUCCACUUCGACAGCAAUGGAGAUGGACCAGCUCGGUACAACAUCCUGCACUUCAAGCAGAUCAAGAAAGGAGUCUACCGAUGGGUGAACGUUGGGGAGUACCUGGAUGGUGAACUGAAACUGGAUAUAGAUGAUAUCCAGUUCAAAUGGGGUGAGCGCCACCCGCCGGAGUCGGUAUGCAGCGCGGAGUGCGAGCUGGGCCAGGCCAAGCAGUACGUGGAGGGCGAGAGCUGCUGCUGGCACUGCUUCAACUGCACGCAGUACGAGAUAAGGUCGAUUGAAGAGACCCAGUGCACGGUGUGUCCACGAGGCACUCUGCCAAAUCCCACAAAGACUGAAUGCCGUCCCAUCCCUGAGGCCUACCUGAGGCCUGACUCCGCCUGGGCCAUCGGUGCUAUGUCCUUCUCCUCCGUUGGAAUACUGCUGACCGCUUUUGUCUGCGGUGUGUGGGUCCGCCACAGUUCGACCCCAGUGGUCCGAGCCAGUGGCAGGGAGCUGUCCUAUGUGCUGCUGGCUGGGAUCCUCAUGUGCUACCUCGUCACCUUCGCGCUGGUCUUCCGACCGACUGAUAUCCUCUGCUCUAUACAGAGGUUCGGGACAGGUUUCUGUUUCACGGUGGUGUAUGCUGCUCUGCUGACGAAGACGAACAGGAUCUCCAGGAUCUUCAACGCGAGUAAACAUUCCGCCAAAAGACCCAUCCUUAUAUCCCCGAGCUCACAGCUGGCGAUAUGUGCUGCUCUCAUAUCCAUACAGGUGCUGAUAGUGGUGGUAUGGAUGAUCGUGGCCCCAGCCAAGGCCAUGUUCCACUACCCUACCAGGGAGGACAACAUGCUGGUCUGCGACUCCUACGUGGACGCCUCCUACAUGAUCGCCUUCUUCUACCCCAUCGUGCUCAUCGUCGUCUGCACGGUGUACGCUGUUCUCACCAGAAAGAUCCCCGAGGCUUUCAAUGAGAGCAAGCACAUAGGGUUCACAAUGUACACGACGUGUGUGAUCUGGUUAGCGUUCGUGCCUCUAUACUUCGGCACGGCGAGCCACGUGCCGCUGCGCGUCACCAGCAUGGCGGUCACCAUCUCACUCAGCGCCAGCGUCACGCUCGUCUGCUUGUUUAGUCCUAAGCUCUAUAUAAUCCUCAUUCGACCGGAGCGCAACGUCCGGCAGAGUAUAAUGCCGGUCCGGUACAGCAGAAAGCCGCCUCCGGCACUCCCGCUGCCGCACCCACCAGUCAAAAAACCGCCAACCGCGGACAAAGAGACGCAAACCGACCCAGCGGACUUCAAACACCUCAACGGACAGACAGUCCAGCCAAAGAACGAAGAGAAGAAACAAGAAGAUACGAGCAAAGAGGAGAACAAAUGUAAUAAUGUUAAGCCGACCAAUCACAGGUCUAGCACCACCUCAGUAACCAAUGAGAAAGCAGACACCUUAUAGCAAAGACAUUCCUCUCGCUCCCUUCUCGAAUACUCACAGAAAAACAACGUAAACUUUAAAAAGAAAAGUUGCUCAUGCAAAUAUAAGGAAAGGAAACCUGUUAUAGUAUAAUGAAUAUUUUAAUCUAAGUAGAGACGCUUCUAACUGUAAAUAAAUAAAAACUAUACGCUUCAAACUUGGGUAUUUAUGUACAUAAUAUAAUACAUUGUUAAUAGGCAUUACCUUUUUAAAAAUUGUUAUUUAAUUAUGAAUCUCAUAAUCUAGUCAUGUACAUAACGAGUGUAAAUAUAAAUGAAAAGACAAAUAGUGAUGUUUAUUGUAUAUAAUCGUUUAUGUAUUUAAUGUAAUGUUAAGCUUAUCGUUUUAUAUAUAAAAUAUAUAUCGUAAGUUGUCGUAAGGAUCAUGUACUAGUAUGUGCAGAGUAGAGCCUUGAGCCAGGACAGUAGAAACAAGACUAUGUAGUGUAAAUACUUAUUAGUAUAUCGAAUUUUCAAAUGAAAUUAUAUCACUCCUAAAACCCUGUAUUUCUACUUAUUUAUGUGAUAAAAUUGUUUAAUUAAAGUUGAAUAUUAUUGUUACAUUUCGUUAUGUUACAAAUAUUGUGUUACAGAGUGGAAAUGCAGGGUUGUCUCUCUGCAAUAUGACUUAUAAAAUACAUAUCAUAAAUGUUUCAAAUACUAUAUCUAGUUGUGCAAAUCAGCUUAAAUGUUUUUUAAUAUAAAUGUGUAAUUAUAUUGUCGCUACUGUCUUGCUCUGCCUGUGCAUAUUAUUCUAAAGUUGUAAGAGAAUAACUUCGUAAAUAUUAAGAACGUAUUUACGGAAAUAAACAGUUUGAUGUUA